AUGAGCUCCAUAGGUUACUCAGUGCCUCAAGAGACUCAAAGACUCUUCCAAGAUGGCAUCCUCAAUAACCCCUUAAUGAAAGGUCUGCCACAGGAGUUGCACUCGUUGAGCAAAACCGUUCAGUUUGAAGGAUCCGACAAGCCCAGUAUCCCCAUUAAUUGGCGGUUCGCCGAGAGCAUCUCGGCGAUGAAGGCUUUCGAAGCAACUAUGCUCAACUAUCUUAUCACUAAGAAAUAUAAUGUCGCGCCUUCUAACGUCAGUAUAAACACGGACCAUGCUUCGCUUUUUUUCAUGUCCCCAUUCGUUGCAUGCGUCGUCAAAGACGGCAGCCCAGUGCAGAUGAACCCGUUCUCAAAAGAAAUUUCGGAAUGGUUCCCUAACCGUGACCUGCAUAGGGCUGCGGGUUCUCAACAUAGGACUCUCGCCACAAACAUCUACAAGACGAAAGACGGGCGAUUCUACCACAUACACGGUAGUAUGAACCCCAACCCUACACUUACAGCACUGGGGCUACCACUCAAUGGGGAAGAGAAUGAUACAUACGACUCCGCGGUGGAGAGGAUUCAGGGCGUCGUUUCACAGUUCGAUUCUACCGCGCUAGAUGAGCUCAUGAACGAGCAGUACCGCCAAGCGGGCACAAUCGCAUGGACGUCCGACGAGUACUUCGCAAGCGAGCACGGCCAGGCGUCCGGGAAAAUCGGGCUCUACGAAACGACCAAGGACCCCAAUUCCUCGCAGCCAGCGGCAUGGUGGCCCGACAACGCGAGCUACCCGUCCUCUGCGACGCGGCCGCUCGCCGGCCUCAAAGUCGUCGACUUGGCCCGCGUCAUUGCCGGACCCACGAUCGCGCGCUCGCUUGCGGAGAUGGGCGCUAGCGUGAUGCGCGUCACGUCGCCUAACGUCACGGAUAUGUCUGUCCUGCACCAGGAUCUCAACUGGGGCAAGUGGAACUGCUUCCUGGACCUGAAAGAUGAGGUGGGUAAGGAGAAGCUCAGAGCGCUGAUCCGGGAGGCUGAUGUUGUUGUUGACGGGUAUCGGCCGGGCGUUAUGGAGAGGCUUGGGUUCGGGCGCCAGGCCAUCUUCGAUAUGGUUAAGGAUCGCUCCCGUGGUAUUAUUGUCGUUCGGGAGAAUUGCUACGGCUGGCAUGGUCCUUGGGCCCACCGGAGCGGUUGGCAGCAGAUUAGUGAUGCGUGCUGCGGUGUUUCGAUGUCGUAUGGCAGAGCCAUGGGUAACGAUGAACCAGUAACACCGGUGUUCCCGAAUUCAGACUACUGUACCGGUAUCUGUGGGAGUACCGCCGUUUUAGAAGCGCUCGUUCGACGAGCUGAACAUGGAGGUAGUUAUGGUGUCGACGUAGCACUCAACUAUUACUCCCAAUGGCUAGUCCGUUCCGUCGGGACCUACGACGACGAGACAUGGAACGAAGUGUGGAAGAGACAUGGGUCACCAGUAUUCCGCCAUUAUCAUGCAAUGCCACACUUACUGCCGGCAAUACUAAAGUUGCUAUAUCAGCACGAUUCCCAGGUGCUUUUUAACCCUGCCUUUUUUCAAGAGCGGGAAGCGAAGAAUAUAGGGGCUACGUUCAUCCAAGUCAAGCCCGUCGCACAAUUUGCUGAUGGGGCUGUCGAUCUGGGAUACCAUAUCGGCACGCGUGGGAAUGGCGUGGAUGAGCCUGUCUGGCCUGAUAACUUGACGGUUGAGGUCGUGCGUGGUAAAAACUGA